ACAGCUGUCUUUAAUAACACAGGCACUCUAUAACCAAGGGCUUCCCGUAAGGAGGCAAUUGACCUUUUGUAAAUGAUAUUUCUGAAUUACAACUGUAACUUAUUGUCGCAAAUUGCUUGGCAAGUGUGGUGCUGUUUAAUCUAGAAGUUCAAGCUUUUUAGUUCUGGUGGCUAAUGUGAGACUGAUCAGAUUACAAUGAAAGUUUUCUCCUGGUUCUCCUCAAGAUGAAGCAGAAGGCCUCUUUGCAUCGCAUAUGAAACUGAUUGUUGAUCAUUAAAUGGUAUUAAAUGGUAUUUUGUUUGACAGGCAUACAGAACUUUUUCGUAGCUGUAACAGCAAUUCAGAUUACGAAGCUAAGAAUCACAUUCAGGAGUGGAAAAAAGGCUUCAUUCGAAUGCCGAACAUUUUAAUCCCAAUUCAGGACAUCAAGAAGUGCCUCCCUGACACAUGGAAGGCCAUUGCUUGUGUACUUCAGAUUAAGCCAUGCAGUAUCAAGUCUCACAGAAGCACCAUCUGUAGGCCUGAUUGCGUUCAAAUUCUACAGAAGUGUCGCAAUUCCAGUGCCCACCUGGCAUCCAAAUCGGCAGAAGAAGUUUGUGAUGAACUCUCUCCUCCUGAGAAGCAAGCUCCAUGUAUUUCCCUCAAAGAAUACCUUGUUCCCAGCAAGUAUACCGAUGUGACGGAUGAAGUAACUCACCCUUGUAACCCAAACCCAUGCAAGGAGAAUCAAGUGUGCGAUAUCAACAGAAGUUGCUAUGGAGCCCUACUUGACAGGUGUCAAUCAUACACUUGUGUGCCAGGGUGUCCACUUGGUGACGCUUCAAGCUUUCUUGUGAGAGUUGGAGAGUAUGCGAGGGUGCCGGUUGCAACUGGAAGGGAAGGCUGCUUUAGGAUCUGCCAUUGCGAUGGUACGUCCAGACUCAGUAACUGUGUAAACCUGGAGUGCGUUCAACGAAAGCCGUGUAGUCUAAGGGACAAAACCAAAAAUGAUGGCGAACUGUUUAUGGACGGCUGCAACAUGUGCACGUGUUUCUCGGGAGAGCUUAUUUGCACAAAGAAACAUUGUCCCGAGCCCGUGUUUUCACCAGAAUACAAUGCAAGCCGACCCAAGCGUAAUCAGACACCAGACAAUGAGUCGAUGGAUACAGAUGUGAUCACAACCCUGCCCUGCGCCUGUGAAAAUGUUUACCAUCCAGUGUGUGGCAGUGAUGCCAAGACCUACCCUAACCCUUGUGUGGCACGAUGUAUUGGACUGACCUGGUCUAAGCUAAAGAAGGGAAAUUGUGCUUCCAUUGAUCCUUGCCAACCAAGUCCCUGUGCACCUGAUGAAAAGUGUAUUGUUGAAAGGAAGACUUGUCUCUCUAUUUAUGAUCCCUGCAACCAGUACUACUGUGUCUCUGAAGGAAAAUACUGUAGUGAUCUUCAGUUGGACCCAGUCUGCGACUCGGACAACAAUCAACACCCAAACCUCUGCUCGUUGCAGUUCAACCGCAAGAGCCUGGCGUACAGAGGUUUCUGUAAGGAUGAAUGCAAACCACCCUCCCCACCCGUAUGCGGCAUAAAUGGAGAGACAUACUCCAGUACAUGCGCAGCUCAUUCAGCCAGAGUCAUAGUUGAUUAUCAAGGGCCGUGCAAAGCUGUUGGAGGCGGAUAUGACGAUGAGCAAGUGUGUGAGAAUGUCACGUGUCCAGCGCUGAAACCGCCUCACUGCAAAGGAAUUAUUCCACCAGGGGCUUGCUGUCCACACUGCGCCGCGGAAGUUCGAAUUUUGUACAUUCUGAAACAGCUGGCAAGAAACCGAGAAGGCUUCAGUAGACACGAGUCUGUCACGCUGGAGGAAGUAUUCCGGGUUCUACGGCGGCACAUCUCCACUACCGAGUGUGAUCUGUUCGGUUACCACAGCCUCGAGCGCGACAUAGUGGUGUUUGUGAUGGCCGUCACACACAAGCCGACAAAACUUCAGGUUUGAUUAGCCGUGUUCUUUUUGCUUUAAUUGUACCCAAUUAGCUUUUUUCAGUCGCAUGAUUGCCAGCUUUCAAUCCUUUGAAGUUAUUAGCUUCUAUCCGUCUUUCCUUUCUUCACUGUCAAGGUAGAAAGCACGUUUGGUUUAUUUUACUCAGUGGUCGAAUAUGUCUUCCUUCUUUAGGUAGGUAA